ACUCAUUUCGUUUAUUUAUUUCGAGUUUAACUAUACUUAGACUUAACCUAAGCGUUUAAUUACUCUAAGGCGUUUAUAUCGCCUUGAUAGACCGAAUCUUACAGUGCCAUGUGACAUGUUGCCGGGCCGUGAGUCCGUGAGCUGUACAGUGCGGAUGAAGAAUCGACAGAUUUUCUCUAUGGAUUUAUCAUCGGGUGGCGUGUUUAAGUCGAACGCUGGGCCCGGAUGUCCUGUUCGAUUGUCAAAGGCAUCGGGAAGAUGUUCCACGAGGAACGCAAAUGUCUCGGGGUCAAAUGGUCGGUGGAUCAGAAGGGUCACUUUAGACCGGUUGCCCCGCUUUUUCUUCUUGAGGUCGAUGAUUUUGGACUGUGAUUCUGGCACAAACGUAAAGGAGUCUAACUCGAAGGUGCGCGAAGUGUGACGACGCGCGCCGCACAACCAGAAGAGGGCGAUGAGAGCUCGCCAGUCCGCUCGGAGUCCCUCUGUUCGGAGAAGGACGACAAUCCAGUCGGCCAGUAUCUUUAACUGUCGUGGGGCGGCAGUCGUGGGGCGGUAGCAGUGUGGUGUUCCCAAUACAAAUUGGAGCUAUCCCUGGAUGGCCUGGCGCCAUUAAUCGUCGGAAAUCACUGAGAGGCCUUGUACUCGUGCAGAACUGUUGAGUGCUGCCCGAAACUGCCGUAUCUUGUUCGGGUGGCAUCCUUCGUAGAAGCAGUAGACCAAAAAAAUGAGUAUUUGGUCUCUGUUGGGAAUCACCGCCUCCACGUGAUACUUUUCGACAUACCGUUGCCAGUACUGUAACGCAAUAUCUUAAUUGCGUUGCAUGCCUUGAGCAAGCCCCCCAUUGGCUAUUUAGCGUAGCACAGCGCCUUAGUCUUAGGGGUUGUAGGGCAUUGCUGCGUACAGUCGAGCACGGGGUGUAUCGCGGCCUAAUGCCUGAGCCAUGGAUGAUGGCUAGUGGACGGCUCCUGGGUCGAGGAUGGUGAGGUCUUGUCUGUGACGUACUACGUGAGGCCACCAGAUGGCCUUCUCUCAUAUGGGGAUGAUCAGCAUUAUUUGCUGUAGGCGGUGGUCUAGUUGUUGAAAGAUCUUUUACCUAGCAUGGGUUUUAGAGGGGCCAGUAGCUCCAACGUCUGAUCCCACUCCGAGUGGUAGGGAUUAGCAAAUCGCACAUGUGCGUGGUGCUUUGUUGAGGUAAUAGGAGUCGGGAUACGGCCGAUCCUGUGGGCUGGGAGUGAUGUGCCACUGUUUGAAUAUUUGAAAAACAGUGGAUGACGUCACAGUCCAAUGAUAUUGGAGCAGAGAGCCCUGUCUCGAGAGAAUAUCUGCUGCCAGGUUCAGUUUCCCAGGCAUGUAACCCAGUGUGACUGGCCACUGGGUGUUGUGUUUGUGACAAUACCAGACGAGUCUCCUCAGCUGGGCGUUCAUAAGCUGAGCUUGGCUGCGUCGCUUCCGAAAGGCGUGUAGUGCCGUCGUGGAGUCUGUGAGCCAUAGGAGGGGCGUCGAUCCAGUAUUGUGGUGUUGAUGAAAGAACUCGAACGCCAGGAUGAGACCUUUUAGUUCGAGAACGGGUAUGGGCCAUCGUUGCUCGGUUGGAGACCAACUGCCGGCGAACGUGCUGGUUUCCUGGUUCCAGUGUAAGGUGGCGCCGUAUCCCGUCUUGGAGGCAUCGGAUGUUAUCGUUGCCUGGUGGACUGGGACCUAGAUUUGUCGAGUUUCGUAAAUCUCUAUGAGCAAUGUCCUUCGCUCUAUUUUUCGAAAUGCGGCCCCUGAUAGGCGAAUAUGACUGGAGCGCGUCUAAGGAGUCGUUUGUUGCAGAUCUGCGAUGAAUGGACGUAAGCCAAGUACGAAGAAGGCUGCCCAGUGAAGGCAGUCUAAGUACGAUUGCUAGAGUCUCAUUUGGAUCUUGCGCUGUUUCUGGAGUCCCAUUACUCUGAUCGCUGCUCCGAGUCGGAGUAGUUUCUCCUUGAAUUCUUGGGUCAUCAUUAUUUUGUUUUUGAAAAAGUCGAUGAUUACACCGAGGUGCUAUAGGCGGGUCACUGGAUGAAUCCAAUGACCCUUGCCUUGGGCGAAUUCCAGCCCUAGUAUCUUGAACAGGUGGACGACCUGUCUGCGGUGUCGUAGUAUGAUUCGUCUUGUUCUGCCGAGGAGAAGAAGGUCGUCCACAUAAUAUAAUUCCGAUCCCCAAUGAUCGCAGUGCUUUCCGGACGACAUGCUUUAGUAGAUUGAACCACGCCGGGGAGAAGGAUGCCCCCAUCAGUAGGGCGAGGAUACACCUUAGUUGUCCGGUGUGGUCCGAAAUUGCCAGAGACGGGGAUUGGCUACAGCGAAUGCAUAAAAUCCGUUCUUUAUGUCGGCGGUCAUAGCUACAUCCCCCCUCCUGGCAACUUCUGCCAAUCGUUCGAGUCCUUCGGCUCUGAAUUUCUUCAUGUCGGCGUGUUGAUUGAUACUCUCCGGAUUCAGUAUCAGUCGAGCUCGAACUCCGUCGGAUUUUAGUAUCAUAAAUGCCGGAUGGACGAGAUACGCUUCUGAUUCCUGGCAUUUCCUGAUUAUCCCGUUCGUCUGUAAGCCAGUUAACUCUGUCUGGAUCAUUGGGUUGGUCACGAGGUCCCAGAGGCCCCUAAGUCGGCCGUACGACAUACUUGGUUGCUUCCAGAACCUCCCUGUUGGCGCCUUGCUCCCUCCAUGUGCUUAAGACACUUCUGACCUAUUGAUGGAGCGGAGUGGGCGCGGGCGACUUACUUGUCAUCGUUCUUGCCGUCUUUAUCUUUUGGCUUGCCGCCCUUUCUGUCCCCUGGCUUGUCGUCUAUCUCGUGGAGACGCUUCUUCGUGGCACGUACGUGGUUAGAUAUAAGCAAAGAGUUCCGAUGCUGGGGUCGAACCUGACACUCUAUUGUGGCAGCAAAGUCCGGUCCUUCUUGAACGCGAAGCUAUUUGAGUUUAGCGACCUGCCCUUGAUCGAGAAUCACAGCAAUGAUGAGUCCUUUAUAGGCCUCUUCGCGAUGUUCUGCUGACAGAUGUAAACUUCGAUGGAUAUUUCUAUGUUUUAAACUGUGUUAUAUAAACUAAGAUACAAUUUAAGUCAGUUAGGAUUUAGCAGUGGUAACUUGUGUAAGAAUGAUCGGGACUGCCUCUUGGUAUUAGCCUUAAUAUCCUCGAUCACACAGGACGUACCCCUAGCUGUUCUUUAUUGAAUGAUUUCACUCGAAGCACUAAGUGUUCAUGACCACAUGUCUACUUUGUAGAUAGACGUAAGAACGCAAGUCAAGUUAAUACAUUAGCUAAUAUAAAUAAAGUUCCAUCCGAAG